ACUGCUUUGAGGAGAAGCAAGCAGACCACGAUGGCUCUCCACGACGGCGAGCUGCCCAACCUCUCCAUCUCCGGCGCCGCCCUCGCCGCGCUCCUCCACCGCUGCGCCGCCGCCACCGGCGACUGCGACGGCCUCCUCUUCGGCCGCGUCUCCCUCCGCCCCGCGGCGCCCGCCGCCCUCUCCGACUACGACGACCUCGCCGCCGCCCCGCCCGCCCCCGCGCUCACUAUCUCCGUCUCCGGUCACUGCUCCCUCUCACACCCCUCCUCCCUCUCCGAUCCCCUCGGCCAAUUCCAGCCCCCCUUCUCGGAUCCCUCCUCCGCCGUCGGCUUCUUCUCCUCCCGCCGCCGCACCGCGCUCCGCCCCUCCAUGCGCGAGGUCGCCCUGGCCCACUCCCUCUCCAAGACCCUACAGGGACGCACCACCUCCCACCCCCUCCUCUUCAUCCUCGUCUCCCCCUCCGCCUCCCCCAACUUCUCCACCCACUCCUACGACUACCGCGCCUUCCUCCUCGCCUCCCGCCUCGUCCCGGCCUCGCUUACCGUCGUCAACGUCGGACCCGGCUUCAGGGACCAGUACCACGCCUUCUCCCCGGAGUCUCCCAUGCCCUGCCUGCCAUCCUCGCCUGCGGCCGCAGGUGACGCUCACACCAUUGGAGAGCACAAGGCGGUCGAUGAAAUGGUCGACGGGUUUGGGGUCGGGAGGCUGCAAGGAAUCCUGGGCUCUGCGGCAGGGCAGGCGGCGGAGAUGGAUGACAUGUAUGCAGGGAUGCUCAGGAAGCUGGAGAAGCUUGCCAGGGAGGUGGAGAAGAGCAAUCUCCGUGUUCUGGAGCAGGAAAAUCGGAACCUGCUGCUGAGGUCCAGAUGUGCAGGAAUGGAAUAGGACCAAAGUGUUUCUUGGUCUUAUUAAGGGUUACUAAUGCUAUUCUCUAAGGCAUAUAUGAUGCCGGAGGUUUGUCCUCCAAGUUGGGAGCUGAUAGUGUGCAUUGGACUGGCAUGCAUCGAGUAGGAACUAGGGGAUGGUGGAGCAUGUGUUGAGAGCAUGUGUUUGUGUGGAAGAAGGUGCAUGACGCCUGAGGAUGGAUGAUAGAGCAAGAUGAGUCGGCCAGAAACGGUUUUGUGUAUGGUGGUGGUGUCAUUGAUGGUAGCAGGUUGGUGUAAGUUUGAUGCAUGAAGCAUCAGCAUUAAUAUGAGUGGAGUAAUGUAAUGCAAUCCUUGUUGGAGCUUUCCUAUCAGUCGUUGCUGAAGAAUUGGGAGGAAAAGAGCUUUCGCUUGCUCACUCCAUGCAAUGCUUUCAUGUACAGUACAGUACAGUACAGUAUAUUAUUUUUUUUCCCUUUUCA